UGGUAACUCUGACAAAUGCUUUAAGGGAACAAUAAAAAUUUUUUUUCCAGAUUUCAGCUGUACGCACGGGCGUACGUGCGUAUAUGGAUGCUACGCCCCUGAUAUAAUAAGUAAGAGUAUUGGUACCUCUUUAUAGGGGAGAAAAAAAUUCAAGCCACGCCCACAAAACACAAUCUUGGUUCCCCUUAGGGGUUCUUUCCAAAAUUUCCGACGAGCACCCCUAUCCUUAUAUGGGAGUCCCCCCGGGAAUCUUGUCCCCCUAGAUGAACCAAAAAUGCUGUGGACAGAAAUUCAUGGAAAUUUACAAAUAUCAAGUACUAACGGGAAAAUUAAAUUAUGUACAGGCUGCUCAAGAUUUCUAUCCCUACCCUGUUAAGAAAUGUUAUGUUUACAUAAUCCACUCCGCACAUAAGACACAGAAAGACAUAGAUCGCUUUUGACACUUUUCCGGUUUGUGAAUUGUUCCUCCCCGCAGAAGAAAAUUAAUUUUGAAACUCCUAUCCAGGGUACCCAUGGGUGUCGUGACGUCACCAUUCUUGAGGCACGCACUGGACAUAUGCUGAGGUUGCAUUCGGCGAGGAAUUUGAUCUCCGUACACUAGAAGGUUUUUUCCCCCGCUUUCUUCCCUUUCGAUACGAUUGGUUUGACUUCCCCUUCGUCAAGGAUAAUCAAGAGAGCAAAAUGCCGUUGGUGUUUCUCGAACAACUCCCUCUUCCAUCGCUUCGGUCUUACGUGACUGCCAGCGUACUGUUGUUCGUUUCGGCCAUUCUGUACGCCUUGAAUGUGACUGUCGGUUCUGGGGAAAACGAUGUGCCAAAAAUCUACGAUUUCAUGUCUCAAGACAAUUUUUGUUUCUGGUCGAACUUGAACAUGGCCUAUUGUGGAUUGUUUUUGUUUGGGAAAAUUAUCCAGCGAGUCGUGUUUGGAGAUCUUCGCGCCAGUGAACUUCAGCAAAUUCAAGACAGAUUUUGGAACUUUAUUUUCUACAAGUUUAUCUUUAUCUUUGGAGUGUUGAAUGUGCAGAAAUUCAAUGAAGUGAUGUGGUGGACAGCUUGGUUCACUUUGCUGGGUUUCUUCCAUCUAUUUACACAGCUUUGUAAGGACAGAUUUGAAUAUCUCUCUUUCUCACCAACUACAUCUCCUUGGUCUCAUGCAAAAGUGAUUGGAUUACUCAACACACUUGUGUUAUGCUGUAAUGGACUGUUUUUCAUCUGUCUUUUUGUGGGCUGGCCAGACAGCAUCCAUACUUUUACAUUCAUGUUGGCUGAGUGUAUGUUAUUACUUAUCAAGAUACUGCAUGGUCUUACAAGGUACGGCAUCCAUCUGUGGGACAUUGGUCAUACCAGCAUGUGGGAAGGAAGAAGCACAUGGUGUUACAACACAGAUUUGAUGAUGGAUUUAGCAAUGUACAUUGUGGACUUUGCCCAUCACCUUCACAUGCUGUUUUGGUCAAAUAUCUUCUUAAGUAUGGCCAGUUUAGUAUUGUGUAUGCAGCUUCGUCACCUUUUCUAUGAGAUUAAGAAAAAGCUGGCCAAACACAGGAGCUAUGUCAGGAUUAUCAAGUGCAUGGAGUCAAGGUUUCCCUUGGCAACUGAAGAAGAGCUGAUCAAGAAUAACGAUGACUGCGCUAUCUGCUGGGAUUCUAUGAGCUCAGCAAGGAAGUUAACAUGUGGCCAUCUCUUUCACAACUCUUGCCUGAGGUCAUGGUUAGAGAAUGACACCUCUUGUCCCACUUGCCGUCAGUCCCUGGCCAGUGAUCUGCAGCCUGAGCAGGAGGAGGAAAGGCAACCAAGAGGAAUGGCAGCAUUUAUGAUGGGACGUGGCCUACGAAGAAACCACUUUUUCCAUUUUGAUGGUUCUCAAAUAGCAAGCUGGUUUCCAAGCUUUUCUGUCGAGGUCAUGCACACGAGGGUUGACAAUGUAGCAGAAGGUCAACUUCCUGAAAGCCGCAUUGAAGCUAUGGCACAUCAAGUACAAGCCAUGUUUCCACACAUGCCAUUGGACAUCAUCAUGGAUGAUCUCAGACACACUCAUUCACUGGAAGUCACCAUUGAUAACAUUCUACAAGGAAACAUUGCUGUACCAUCUGUAAGUACUCAAAAAGGAAACAGAUGAACAGGGUCUCAAUGUGUGUGAGAUUAGGUUACUGACGCUGUGUUCAAGUCUUUCUUGA